GAUUCUUUUUCCUCCUUCAAAUGGCCAGGGUUCACUAUAAAAUACGCCAUUGCUGUCUAUUUUUCUUGUUACUUUUUUCAAUUUGUUUGUUCACAAGGCUUAUUUUUGACGAUAUUCAAUAUGUACCAAUAUCCGAACGAUUUCCUAUAUCCCGUGCAACUUCUUAUCGACAUUUGAACAUUAGCGUCGUAAUUAUUGUAGGAAAUAUAACAUCUACAAGUGAUUAUAAAACAGCAUUGAAUUCAAUUCGAUGCUAUUGUAAAAUGCAUGAUUAUCCAUUUUUCUUGAUUCAAGAUACCGAUUAUCACAAUGUUUGCAAUCAAAAAGAUUUCAUGUUCCGUCGUCACUGUAUUGUUGCCCAUCUAUUAGAAAAAAGCCAAUGGUUAUUAUUUUUGGAUGCAGAUAUAGCUGUAGUUAAUCCUGAUGUAUUAAUUGAGGAAUACAUCAAUCCUCACUACGACCUAACUUUUUAUGAUCGUUUUAUAAAUUGGGAAGUUGCUGCAGGAUCAUAUAUUGUUCGGAAUACUCACUGGGCAAAAACAUUUCUUUUGCAGUUUGCUGACUUUGAGUCAGAAUUACCCAAUAGUUUUCAUGGCACUGAUAAUGGAGCACUUCAUAUUUUUCUUCAACAGAGCUUCUAUCCUCAGUUGUCAGAAGAAUCUAAAGUUUGUCGGAAAAUAUGGGAACAAGCACAGAAUUUCAAGGACUUGUUCACAUUUGAAGCAUGUAUUCGUACUGUGAUGGGCGAUGUACACGAGUUUGAUCGAGCUCGAAUACUCAAAAAAGGAACCGGAUGGGUUAGAGAUAUAUGGCUAACUGAUUCAAAAUGGAGCCCGGAAAGAGAUUUUAUGCUUCAUGGGCUUAAGGACUCUAAUGAAGUUGUUCUUCAACAAGGGUUCUUGAUUAAUACAAUAUACGGCGUCUUCAACUGGCGAUCUCCAUUCGCAUCAAACCUAAAUUUGAAAAGGUGUGAAUACUCAAGUUAUUCUCAAUGGAAAAUGAAAGAACAUCUGAUGGUAUCAAGUAGAGAAAUUGAGGAUUACUUGAGUCGAAGAUUUGAUGAAGUUGAGCGAAGAAGAUGGGAAAGUUUAGCAUACGUUGCCACUUAUAUUUGAUCUCAAAUUUAGUUUUUUAAAAGAUUUUUUAUAGAAUAAAUAUUUCAAUGUAA